AGAAUAAAGUUAUAGAAUACAUGAAAAUGAUCUCCAAUGUUGGUCGUCUAUAUAAGUAGGUUAGUCAGUAGUCAUAACAACCCAUUCAUAAACUCUCAAAAUCUCUAACCAUCAAAAAAACUCUUUUGAAUAGCUUCCAUGAAUUCUAUCGACUCCCCUCCUCCUUCUCAUCUCAUUUGCCCUACUAGACGAAGAAUUUCAGCAAAUUGGUGUGGGCGCAAAACAACAGAAAUUAGUGGGUCAUCCUUUUUAAUAAUUGACAACUCUUAUCAUAUCUCUGAUUAUGAUGAUGCCAAAGACAAGACUCAUCAGCUUCGCUUGUUUCUUGGGUGCAACAAUGAAGAAGACAAACAAUACUGCAAUGCUUGCCACUAUAAUCAUGAAAGCGGUACGACCUAUUAUUUUUGCAACAAAUGUAAAGACUAUUACCACAAAGAAUGUGUUGAGUCUCCCCCUAUAUUCUUUUCUCCUUGUCACCCAAAAAAUCCUCUUCAGCUUCUCUACUAUAUUGGUGGCACAACAAUAUAUUAUGAUAAGGAAUGCCAUUCUUGUGGAUUAAUGAUAAAGGGAUUAGGUUAUUAUUCUUUUACUUGUGAUCUUUGGUUGGAUCCUGUUUGUGCAAGAAAACGAGAAUUUUCUGCUAUAAACAAUCCAAAAAGGCAUGAGCAUAUGCUCCACUACUUUCCCAGAAAAGCAUCACUUACUUGUGAUGUUUGUGCAUUGGAUGAUAGCAAAUAUUGCUUCUACUCUUGUCUCCAAUGCGAUUUUAUUGUCCAUAGAACGUGUAUUUACUUACCGCGUGUCAUACAAAUAUCUUAUCACAUUCACCGUCUUUCUUUUACUCUUUCUCUUCCUUUCCAAAAUUUGUUUUGUGGAGUUUGUGGAAGGAAGAUUAAUGAAAACUAUGGAGAAUAUUCUUGCACAAAGGGUUGCGUUUAUGCUGUGCACUCUAAAUGUGCUACUCGGCUUGGUAUAUGGGAUCGAAAUGAACUUGAGGACCAACCAGAGAUGUUAGAAAAUAAUUUGAAGUCAUUUGAGGAGAUAGAUGAUGGGAUUAUACGACAUUUUAGUCAUGCGCACCAUCUGAUGAGACUUCAUGGAAAUAUUGAAAUAUUUUUUGAUGGAGAACAAAAUUGUCAAGCGUGCAUACUCCCUCUUGAUGAUGGUAAUGUUUAUAGAUGUAUGCAAUGUGAUUUCGUUUUUCAUGAAGCAUGUGCAAAUCUUCCUCGCUUCAAACAUAAUAUGGUGCAUCACCACCGGUUAAUUCUAAGACCGAUUGAUAAAUAUUUCUUUUGUCAUAUUUGUUAUCGAUAUUCGUGCGGUUUCAGCUACAUGUGUAGCGAAAGGUGGUGUCCCUUUUCUGUGGACGUAAGAUGUGCUUCCUUUUCCGAAGUGGUUGAUCAUCCAUCUCAUCCACAUCCUUUGUUCUUAAUCUAUGAUAGGGAAACUGCUCAAGCAUGUUCGAUAUGUCGAACAAAAUCAGCUUAUAUUCGAAGUUUAAGUUGUGCGAAAUGUGAUUUUUCUUUAUGCUUUCGUUGUGCCACUCUUCCUUACAAGGUUAAGCAUGAGGAUGAUGAGCAUAUUCUCACCCUUUGUUAUGAGAAAAAUGCAAGUGGUCUUUAUUGGUGCCAAGUUUGUGAGAAAACAACAAAUCCGAAGAAAGGAUACUAUACAUGCAAUGAGUGUGGAGUCACAUUCCAUAUUAAAUGUAUACUAGGAGAGGACCCCUAUAUAAAAGCAGGAACAAUUAACGAAAACUCUAGCCACAAGGUUGAGGUUAUUCCUAACAAUCGUCUCAGUCGACCCAUUUGCAACAAAUGCCAACGACGGUGUCGAUACAAGAUAGUAUUCAAAACAUCUAAUGGAAAUAUGAUUUGUUCGGCCAGGGAGGUUUAUGGUUUAAAAGUUUAUGUUAAAAAAUGUAGGGGCCAUAACCAAGUUCGAUGAUGAAAAGAAUAUAUGAAAGAACAAAAAGAGUCUAGCUGGCCGUCGGGCCUUAAGGUAAUUCUGGAUAAUAUAUAUUCUCGUCGUGAAAUAAGUAAUGAAAGGGAAGACCCGCCCCUGGUCAACUGUAUUGUUGCCUGUACAACUUUUUAGUGUUUUUAUUGUUGUUGUGAGCUAUUAUUAUGUAUCAAAGAAAAAUGAUUAGUAAAUACUAAAAGUUUUAGUUAUUUGAAAUUUUGAAGUCACAACCGAAGAAGACAAACCACUUCGACUAAAACUUUCAUAGAUCGACCACUAAGCUAACACAGAGAUGUUACAAAUGCUUCU